GCAGGAGAUCAAGGACACCGAGGGCGUGCUCGGGUCAGAUCUCUCCUUCGUUGGCGAGGUGAAGAAGCAGUGCGCCGAGAUGGACGCAGAGUGGGAUGAGCGCCAGAAGACCCGUGGUGAGGAAGCCGAGGCAAUUUCCAAGGCCAUUGAGAUCUUGGAUGCCGACGAG